UGCGCCGCUCGGGCCGCCCCCGGGGGAGCGUCUGAGGAGGCCGGCAGCAGCAUCAGCAUCAGCGGCAGCGGCAGCGGCGGGCUGCGGACGCUCCGUUCGGGUCCGGGGAGCCGCUCAUCCCCGACCGAUGUCCUCAAGAUGGAGGCGGCGGGGGCGACGGCGUGAGGAGCGCGGCGCGGAGAGCGCGGGAUCAGGCCGGCGGGCGGCAGCGGCGGCGGGAUGGGGCUGCUGCUCAUGAUCCUGGCGUCGGCCGUGCUGGGCUCCUUCCUCACGCUGCUCACACAGUUCCUGCUGCUCUACCGCAGACAGCCCGAGCCGCGGGCGGACGAGGCGGCCCGCGCGGGCGACGGCUUCCGCUACCUUAAGCCGGUGCCGGGCCUGCCCCUCCGGGAGUACCUCUAUGGCGGCGGCGAGGAGCCCGCGGCAGGGUCCUCCGAGUCCGGCCCGACCCCCGACAGCCCGGCCCCGCCGACGCGGGAGACCUGCUACUUCCUCAACGCCACCAUCCUGUUCCUGUUCCGGGAGCUGCGGGACACGGCGCUCGCCCGCCGCUGGGUCACCAAGAAGAUCAAGGUGGAGUUCGAGGAGCUGCUGCAGACCAAGACGGCCGGCCGCCUGCUGGAGGGGCUGAGUCUGCGCGACGUGUUCCUGGGCGACACGGUGCCCUUCAUCAAGACCAUCCGGCUGGUGCGUCCCGUGGUGGCCUCGGGCACCGGCGAGCCCGACGGCCCCGACGUGGACGCGCUGCCCGCCACCUGCCCCGAGGAGCUGGCCUUUGAGGCGGAGGUGGAGUACAACGGCGGCUUCCACCUGGCCAUCGACGUGGACCUGGUGUUCGGCAAGUCCGCCUACCUGUUCGUCAAGCUGUCGCGCGUGGUGGGGAGGCUGCGCUUCGUCCUCACCCGCGUGCCCUUCACCCACUGGUUCUUCUCCUUCGUGGAGGACCCGCUGAUCGACUUCGAGGUGCGCUCCCAGUUCGAGGGCCGGCCCAUGCCCCAGCUCACCUCCAUCAUCGUCAACCAGCUCAAGAAGGUCAUCAAGCGCAAGCACACCCUGCCCAGUUACAAGAUCAGGUUUAAGCCGUUCUUUCCAUACCAAGCCUUGCAAGGAUUUGAAGAUGAUGAAGAGCUUAUCCAUAUUCAGCAGUGGGCGCUUACUGAAGGCCGGCUCAAAGUCACACUGUUAGAGUGUAGCAGGUUACUCAUUUUUGGGUCCUAUGACAGAGAAGCAAACGUUCAUUGCACACUGGAGCUGAGCAGUGCUGUUUGGGAAGAGAAACAGAGGAGCUCUAUUAAGACGGUUGAAUUAAUAAAAGGGAAUUUACAAAGUGUUGGACUUACACUUCGUCUUGUUCAGUCAACUGAUGGGUAUGCUGGACAUGUCAUCAUUGAAACCGUGGCCCCAAACUCACCUGCUGCCAUUGCAGAUCUGCAGCGAGGAGACCGGCUCAUUGCUAUUGGAGGUGUGAAAAUCACAUCGACACUGCAAGUGUUAAAGCUCAUCAAGCAGGCUGGGGACCGAGUCCUGGUGUACUACCAGAGGCCUGUCGGCCAGAGCGGCCAAGGGCCCGUGCUGCAAGACAGUGUGGGCCAGCUGGAGGAAAGCUUUCUGCCAAGCUCCUGCCAGCCAGGUUAUGAAGAGGAAGCUGCUGGGCUGCCAGUGGACACUGAAAAUAGAGACCUUGAUUCUGAGUUUGAAGACCUGGCAAGUGAUGUCAGAGCACAGACAGAGCUCAAAGAGGACACACAACCGUUAAGUCACAGUCCCAAACGCACUCCAUCAACACUUCCUAUUAAACCCCUUGGCCCUAUAUCCCCAGUUUUAAAUCGUAAAUUAGUUUCAGGAAUCCACCCACCACCACAAAAACUUCCAUCCAAAGAAGGAAAUAAACCGUCAACUCUAAAAACAUCAGAGGCCAUAGAAGCAGCCCAAGUGUCCAAGCCCCAAGGACCCACUUUCAAACCACCUGUGCCACCACGCCCACAGGUGAGAGUGCCUCUGCCUACCACUGAUGCCCCAGCUCAGGCCGACCCAGAUGCUGUGGAAAAGCUAGACAAAGUGCUGCUCGCUCCUCCUCCUGCGGAGAAGCCAGUGAAGAGUGGGGAUCAUGGAGAAGACGUGGCAGCAGGAAAGCAGUCAUCAGCAAAGCCAGAAGUGCUGAAAGAUCUUUCUUCAGAAAGUUCUGGUCCAGCUAAGGAUACUUCAGAUGACCAUCAGAUGUGGGAGUCAUCAGAGGUUCUUUAUCGUAAUAAGGUAGGAAAGUGGUCAAGAAGCAGAGCGUCCUGCGUGUUUGACGUAGAGGCCAGCCAAAGGUACCUGAACGUCGCGCUGUGGUGCAGGGAUCCUUUCAAGUUAGGAGGCCUCAUCUGUUUGGGGCAUGUUAGUUUAAAACUUGAGGAAGUGGCGUUAGGGUGCCUAGCUACAUCAAGCAUGGAGUACCUUUCAAAGUUCAGGUUGGAGGCCCCUUCACCCAAGGCCAUGGUCACGAGAACUGCACUCCGCAGUCUGAGCAUGCAAAAGGGCUUCAAUGACAAAUUUUGUUUUGGUGACAUUACUAUUCAUUUCAAAUACUUAAAGGAAGGAGAGUCAGACCACCACAUAGUUCCUAAUGUAGAGAAAGAAAAAGAGCUCCAUUUGGUUGAGGAAGUUUCUGCACUCCCUAAAGAGGAGCAUUUUGUGGGACAGAUGAGCUUGUCAGAAAAUAAACAUAGUUUCCAAGAUACUCAGUUCCAAAACCCAACGUGGUGUGAUUACUGUAAGAAGAAAGUAUGGACAAAAGCUGCUUCCCAGUGCAUGCUCUGUGCGUACGUGUGUCACAAGAAGUGUCAGGAGAAGUGUCUAGCUGAGACGCCUCUCUGUGGGGCAACCGAGAGGCGGAUAGACCGGACCCUGAGAAACCUCAGGCUGGAAGGGCAGGACCCACUGUUGGGCCUUCCUCCUCGUGUUGAGACAGAAGUGAGCAAGUCGGUCAAUAGAACAGCAGGGCUGACAAGGCACAUCAUCAAUACUAGCUCUCGUUUGCUAAAUCUGCGUCAAGUCUCUAAAACUCGCCUUUCUGAACCUGGAACAGAUCUUGUGGAACCAUCACCAAAACACACGCCCAAUACAUCAGACAAUGAAGGCAGCGACACAGAGGCCUGUGGUCCAAACAGCCCUUCCCAGCGAGGGAACAGUGCAGGGGUGAAGUUAGUGAGGAAGGAGGGGGGGCUGGAUGACAGUGUUUUCGUUGCAGUUAAAGAGAUCGGCCGUGACCUGUACAGAGGCUUGCCGACUGAGGAGAGGACCCAGAAGCUGGAGUUCAUGCUGGACAAGCUGCAGAAUGAAAUUGACCAGGAGCUGGAACACAACAACUCCCUUGUUAGGGAAGAAAAGGAAACAGCGGAUACAAGGAAACGGUCACUGCUUUCUGCUGCUUUGGCUAAAUCAGGAGAAAGACUACAAGCCCUGACCCUUCUGAUGAUCCACUACAGAGCAGGCAUUGAAGACGUUGAGACUCUAGAGAGCCUGUCUUUAGACCAGCACUCAAAGAAAAUAAGCAAGUACACUGAUGAGACAGAAGAAGACCUUGAUAGUGAAAUAAGCCAACUGAUAGACUCUCAGCCGUUCAGCAGCAUCUCAGAUGACUUGUUUGGCCCAUCUGAGUCUGUGUGACCAACAAGCCAUUUAGACUUUGAAAGGGUUGGGGACAAGUUGUAUGUGGAGUGCCACGGGCACAGCCACGUUCAGUUCUCGCACGGUGCGCUUCGGCCUCUACAGCUGCUUGUGUAA